AUGUCGCUCUACACGCCCGCAUCAAAGUCCAAGUCGCGGCGUACCGUCACCACCCAGCCCAACGGGACACCGCUCGCCUCGUCGUCGCACCACCACCACAACCUCCACGGCGGCGGCGGCGGUGCAGGUGGAUCCUCGCGGCUCGCGCACCUCGGCAACACGCCGGCCGACCUGACCGACGAGCAGCGGCAGGAGAUCAAGGAGGCCUUCGAGCUCUUCGACACCGACAAAGACGGCGCCAUCGACUACCACGAGCUCAAGGUCGCAAUGAGGGCGCUCGGCUUUGACCUCAAAAAGGCAGAGGUGCUCAAGCUGCUGCGAGACCACGACAAGACGGGCGCCAACGUCAUCGAGUGGGACGACUUCAACAAGAUCAUGUCGGAACGCAUCGCAUCAAGAGAUCCGAUGGACGAGAUCCGGCGUGCAUUUGCCCUCUUUGACGACGACGGCACGGGCAAGAUCAGCCUGCGCAACCUCAAGCGCGUGGCAAAGGAACUCGGCGAGUCGCUCGACGACGAUGAGCUACAAGCAAUGAUUGACGAGUUUGACCUCGACCAGGACGGCGAGAUCAACGAGCAAGAAUUCAUCCAGAUCAUGAUGGACGACUCCUAG